CAAUAUGUGUAUUUUAUUUAUUUAUCGAAAUCCUAAUGCCGACGGUAAAUCUUAUCGGCUAAUCCUCGCUGGAAAUCGUGAUGAAAUUUUUAAACGCCCAGCAUUACCUGCACAUUAUUGGAAGAAAUAUCCUAUGUGCUUAGGAGGUAUUGACAUGGAACCUGGCAAAGAAGGUGGUACUUGGUUUGCAUUAUCAACAAAAGGAAAAGCUGGUAUCAUUUUAAAUCUAAGUAAUGAACCAGAUAAAAAUAAAACUCCAAAAAAGGGUCGUGGAACUUUAGUAAACGAUUACAUUACUUCGAAUGACUCUAUAGAAUCCUACCUAAAAAAAAUGCAUAGGGAAAAUCAAAUUACUCAAGCUUAUAAUCCAUAUAAUUUAAUUCUUAUAAAUUUGUAUACUGCUGAUGUGUAUUACUUAAGCAGUUCUUUAAAUUCUUCAGGACCAAAAAUGUGUCAAGAUGAUAUAUUAGGUUUUGGUAAUAGUCCAAUAGAAUGUCCUUAUAAAAAGGUAGAAGAAGGAAAAAAAAGUUUUUCAAGUAUUGUUCAUAACAUUAAAACUUCACAGCAAGAUGAACUUAUCGAAAAUCUUUUGCAAUUUUUAAAAUCACGAGAAAGACAUUUACCAGAUCUUGAAUUACAAAAAAGAUCGCCAGAUAUGUUUGUUGAACUCAGUUCCAUUUUUGUUUCUGUUGCUGAUUAUGGUACAAGAACACAUACUAUAUUAAUGGUUAAUGGUUUAAAUCAAAUAACUUUUGUAGAAGAAACUCUUAUGCCAGAUUUUUCAUGGAAACGACAGUUAUUUAAUAAUACUUUAACUAAUUAGAGGACAUAACUUUAAUAAUCAGUUCCAUAUUUUUGUAGUAUGUAAUACUUAUAGCUCUUCAUCUGGGAAAUAAAUACAUUGAUCAAUAAA